AUGUAUAAAAAUCGUAAAUUUAAUAAGAACGCGAAAAGCGCCAAAGAUGCGAAACCGCCUACGUCCAAUGAAAACAAAAGACCUUUACUAUCAAUAGAUGAGGACGCAUCGGUUAAAUUUCCGCGUACUUCCUUGAGCUUGGGUAUGAGUCAAAGGAAAACACAAUCCUCAAAAACAGUCGUUGCUGCUGAUGUAUGCAUGUUGGUGGAAGAGGGCCGUAACAGUGAAGAGAAUAUACCAGCAUCUCAAGAAGCUACUCAACGCUACUUAUCACAGCGUAGUACGAUAGCUGCCACAUUAGGACGUACACAGUCGCGUAACACGAGUGUGCGCCCACCAAGGAGUUACUUCGAAUUGCUUCUUAUAAAGUCUGGUGUUCUUUUAGACGAGGCCGACAAUUUUGUCUUAUCUUGUGACCAUAUAUCGUUUGUUAGCAAAUUCCGUGAAGUGUUUGUUAAAUGUGGAAAUUCUGUGGAAAAUGUGGAGAUGUUUAAAACCGGCUUCAGCGAUUCUCUCUCGCCUAAAUGUAAAUAUAGUUUAAAAUUGUUAACGGGGUGUACGAUAAGUGUACCAGGCAACGAUGCAGUGUAUCAAUCGCAUGAUAGUAUGAUAGCCAACUUCUUAAUGAUCGACUUUUUGUGUGAGUCAGUCGUGGAUAUCCUAUUGCAGAAAAUAUCUGAAGCAGCGAAGCAGCGACAGCCUAUAUUUCUUGCUAAUGGAACGGUUCCUUUACUCCCCCUGCUACUGGCUCAGUUGCGUUACGUAUCUCAAACGCACAGCACAAAAAUAUUUGAGCACAUAUCGAGCAUAUUUAAGGCAGCUAGUGAGCCAGCUAGGCAAGAUAUUAUUUUAAGCAGCGAAUUCGUCUUACAUUUUAAUAAACAUGACGAUUUUGUAAAAUUACUGACAGAAAAUUUGCCUUCAAGCAGGGAUUUGCUAAGUACUACCACAAUUCAAGCCUUGACAAAUCUAAAUCUUGGCCAAGACAUGCAAAGAGAGCUACGCCAACGUGUAUUGGAUUAUAUAAAAGAUGAUGGAUUUAAUAAUACGAGCUUACCGUUAUUGGUGAAAUUUCUUCUAAAGUAUUUAAUAGAAAGCAGUGAUGAAUCUGUCAAUGAGCUGGUUACGACAACACGUCAAAUCCUAGUUGGACGAUUGAAUACGCCUAUGGAAAGUUCAACGCAGACAGAUCUUUUUAAUGUCAUUGAACAGGGCUUGAUACGCUCAAAAAAGUAUUAUAAGUUUUGGCAAAAAUCUUUAUCUUCACUGCCGGGUACAUUUAGAUCCUUGGAUUUCAUUAUUCUUCUGAAACUACUACACAUCAAAGGAGAUAAUUAUAUGUAUAUUCAAAAUAUUCUACGUCGCCGUAUAAAAAUGGAACAGAUAUCAGUUGAUAUAUUUGUUGAAAUGAACUCGAACUAUGCCGCCGUAUUAGAACAACAUACGCAUAUCCUUAUGCAGUUAAUAUAUGAUUUUCUAAGAGAAAAAAAUAAAACAGUUGCUGACUUCGCCAAAGCAUCAUUUGGAGUUUUAUUUAAAAUGUGUGAAUCCAUUCAACGUAGUAUAUUAAAAAAACUAUUACAUCUAACAUGUGACAGGUCCACUCAAAAUUUAACAAACAUCGCUUUGGAAUUACUCAGAGAUUUACAGCGGAAAUAUCGUGCAGAAAUACAAAAUUGGGGCACAUUACUAAUGCCUUUGUUGGAUAGUUUAAAUGAAAUGACGCUUUCGCAGACUCGCUUAGCCAUGGAGGUACUUUGUUCCAUAGCCUUCCCACCACCCCCGCUUUCGGAGUGUACCGUGUUGCAAGAUCAGUUAGAUAUGCUCAUAAAAAAGCAAAUAAUUAAUCAUUCUAAACAUAUAAAAAAGCAGGGUAUUAUUGGCAGUGUACAACUAAUCGAUUGUAUGGCUCGCAUUGAGGAUACUAUAAUAGAACACGACGACUUUGAUACUUCCUACUCAAAUGCUAGCUCAUUGCCCGAUGGACGUGGCAAAAUGGCAGCUAAUUUCAUAAUGCUUGUUGAAUCGGCGGCUCUACAUUGUCCGGAAUCCUUAGCCUUAUUUUAUGAUGAAUUGGCGAGUAGCUGCAUGUGUACGCCCAGUGAACGCGAUACCUGUACACAACUCGACAAACCGUAUUUGAUUUGGUUAUGUGACGUUAUGACUUACUAUUUUCAAAAUAGCUUUGUAGCUGAACAUGCGCCCAGUACUGUACUUGGCAUUAAUUUGACGCAUCAGAAAUGUAUAAAUACAAUUGAAGACACGGCUAAUAUGGAGGAAAGUGAGGUGCCAACUAUUGCUAUUAACAUAGCCGAGUUGGUUUUAAAGCCAGGCUCUGUUUCUUCGUCCUCGAUACUCAUACUGGCGCCAUUAUUCAAUUUAGUGCGUUCAUUGCAUCUGCAGCGCUAUCAAGGCAGUUUGGAACAAAUAAAUGCGUUGUUGGGAUGUGCCAUGGUGUUGCCAUCAUUUUUUGAUGAAUCGAAUAGCGACGCUAUAUUUUAUGAUUACGAUGAACAAUUACAAAAAAGUAUUUUGGAUAUAUAUUUCCAUUGCGUAAAUUGGAUGCGUGAAACUGUCAGUUCGUUUACUACUCAACAAGAGGAGAUGAUACGUUGCAAGGUGCUACAGCGCUUAAGCGAGCUAAUUGAGACGGAGAAAAAGUUGCGUUUAUUAUUAGAGAAAGCUCCAGCUGGAUAUUUACCACCUCAAGCACAAUUUAUAACGUCGAAUACGAAGCUUUCUGGCGAAAAAAGCAAAGGUCGUGGUAGGCCGGCUACGAGACCUAAAGCUGCGCAACAGAAAGAGAAUAAUGACAAAGAUUUGAAUUCUGAGUCUAUAGUGUUCAACGACACGCAUGUAGGAAAUGUGACGAAUCCAGGCAAUGCUACAAAUGCUGGAAAUGUUAGUAUAAAAUUAGCAAAUAUUGGGCGUUCGAAAAGUAGUGAGCUUAAAAAGAAGUUUGAUGUUUUAUAUGGACCUCGUGAAAUAUACAGGCAAAUGGAUUCCGAUAUUAUGUUAAUACUUCGUGAAGAAUUAGUAAUAAAACAUCAAUUACCUACCGAAGAUAUUGGCAAACGAAUUGGUUUACUUGAAUUUCGUUUUAUCUUAUAUGAUCUGGUGUGCAAAUUGGAAUCGAUUACCGGUGCACAAAAGGUUCAAAGCGAGUUGCCAUUACAAUACGUGGCUAAACCAGAAUAUUUCAUGUAUGACUUAUCGAAGUUUCUGCAAACGAUCUUGCAGAGCAUGUCAGAGCUCUCAAAGGAGAUCAGCGCCCAAUUGGAUCGUGUAAAACACGUGUAUAGCAAUGGUGAUCUUUUCACCACCGAAUUCAAUUAUAUAAAAGUCUGCUUCAAUCUGUGCAUACGUUUAUUCGCAGUGUUUUUCUCUUGGCCACAAUUUCAUGAUGAUAACUCUAUUGAGGCAUUAUUAAAAGAUUCUUUACUUGUGCUGCUGGACGAUUCUAAAAGGAAAAGUAUGUGUAAAAAAUCAAUUUCCGAUAUAUCAGCUGCUGCUUUUGACGUAAUACUUCGUUAUGAAAACUCUAUAGUUGAUUUGAAAACAGCAGUAUAUUUACAUGAUUUACUAAAUAUACUAAAACGUUUUUCGCAAAAAAAUUCUACGGAGAAGAGCAGCGUGUUAGAGCAACGCAAACUAUUGUUGGAAAAACAGGAAAAGGAUAUACGUUCUCUAUGUAAGAAGUUCUUGCACCGAAAAUGGUUCAGCUAUGAAGGUGUAGCAGAGAAAGGCGCUUUAUGUAAUAUAUAUUUGGAUGUUCUGGUAAAAGGUUUCCUAAAGAACUCUGAUUUUCGUCGUUUGAGUAAUAUUUUACUAGCCGUAAUGGAAGAGUGCAAGCAUUUGAAAGGCAAAGAUAAUGCGCUCAAAUCUUUUCCGAAUUUCAAAAUCGCGAAUUUUCCACUACUCUUCCGUAUCAUGUGUGAAACAACGAUUAGCCAUUUACAUGAAUUGGUGAACAAGAGUAACGCUUAUGAAGGUGAUCAAAUGAAGAUGUGGGAGAAAAGUUGUGAACUUUUUAAUAUGUUGCUUGAGAUUGUUAAAUCAUUAGAGGUGCCUAGAAAUUAUCAAAUAUUUUUAAAGUCUGCACACGAAUAUAUUAAACUGAUCCUGCAGCAUGGUUUGCGAGUUGUUGACCAACUACUGCGUAAUGAACCCGGACGUUGUAGUGAAUUUUUGAAAAGUCUACAAACCAUCACACGAUUUCUGCAUACUUUAUGUUGUCAUUCAAAGGCACUACGAAAUACCGCUAUCAUUGGACAAAUUCCAGCUCUCCGAGAAACUGUCGAAACGUUAGUCUUUCGUGUUAAGGCGGUAAUGGCGGCCAAUAAAUGCUCAGCUGUAUUUACAAUGGGCAAUCUGAAGAAUAAGGAUCUGCAUGGUGAUGAAAUCUUGACACAGAGUACCAUCGUUAGCGAGGCAAGCAGAGGCGAUAGCGAUGAAGAUAUACCGGACGACGAUGAGAGCGUCGAUGAAACCGUGUUCGGCGAAGAAGAAACAACAAAUAGUACAAAGGAAAGCGCUGGGUCUUCGACCAACAAUGAUCGUAGCAAGUCAUCAUCGCGCAGUAAAUGUUUUUGAGCGCAUUAUUGUGAAAUUCGAUCGUUUCACGUAGAUAAGUAGAGUUUCAUUUCGGACACUGCUCGGUUUUCCGGGCCUUGCAUUUGCUGAUGCUAUAUGAGUAUUAGUCGAGUUUCGCACGUUUAUCAUACAUUCUUGCAUUUUUUUGUUUCGCUAUGCUAAACUAUGAAAAAAUGUUUAUUUACGCCAAAUAUUUUUCGAAAAUUAUUCUAUAUACAAUUUCGCGUUUUAUGUGCCAUCUUUCGGCUUGAUUACAUAUGAAGAAAAUUAAUUAACAGUUAUGUUAAAUUUUUGUUUGGCAGUGAUUUUUAUAUCUAUUAAUCAAAAAAGUAAGCUUAAUUCGCUGUUUUUUUUUUGGAAAUGUAAUUUUUUUUAACAAAACUUAUAUAAAAAUUAAAUAAAUGACAGCAAACACAGUUUCUGAAAAUAUGAAAACAAUUAAGUUAAUAUUUGUAUGAAUUGUAGUUUUUGGAAGCCAAUUCCAUUCCAUAAAAAUGUAUAAUACCAAUUAACUUCUUGGAAAAUCUUAUUUUUCUUGCCCUUCAGCCUGUUUUUCAACUCCCCAAAUGAAAGUGUUCCGUUUUUUGUUUGUUUACUGACCGCUUGUUUUAUAAACUAACGAUCUAUUUUUAUUUCAUUUGUUUAAAAACUACAUAUUGUAUAUGUUUAUACUUUGUAAAUUAAGUGUAAGAAUAUUUACUUGAAUACAAACUUAAAAAU